ACGAACAGAUCCAUCUUCUUGGCGACCGGAGUAUCUCUCCGGCAUCGUCUGAUAUGGCGAGCGUAGGAAGCUCCAAAGGGCGAAAGAACUGAGGAGGAGAAGGCGAGGUUAAGGGCUUUCAGGUGACGUCGGGUUGGGUCAGGUCGGCGAGAGAGAAGGCGCGUGUAGGUAAGGGUUUCACCUGUGUGCGAAAGGGGUGGGUUUUAGAAAACCCAGAUUUGGAAAGUUUGAGGGUUUGGCACAUAUCUGUGUGUGAGAGUUUGAGGGUUUGGUACAGAUGGGGCGUGUGCAGGGUUGGUGUAUAAGUGAGCGACUGAGAAGGGGGUGGGUUUCAGAAAACCCAGAUCUGGAAAGGAAGAAGAAGGGAGAAGAAGGGGUGGGUUCGAAGGAUUGAGAAAGAGGAAAGGGAGAAGACGGCAGCUGUUUCCGGUGUGGCGGAGCUUCCAAUACCCUACACUAGCCUCCGCCUCAUCAAUCGCCCAGACUGUAGAAGUCUUCCAUGCCUUGUCUUGAUUCUUUGAUUUCUUUUGUUUUUGAUACUUCUGUAACUAUGGAGGAUCGAGAUUGGGAUUUUUUGUACAGGAAUACUAUUACUUUAUCUUGUGCUUCAUUUCUUCAUUCCUUCUCUGAUGAUCCUCUAAUUUUGGUGGUAAAGCAUUUGUUAGGAGAUAAUAAUAUGCUCACUAAAUGUGUUUUCUGCGCUCUAAUCUCAAGUGUCGGGGCUGGAGAAAGGGAUGGGCUAACCAGAUUUGGGUUUGAGAGAGGAAGAAGAAGGAAGAAGAGAAAGAGAGAGAAUAAGAAGAAGAAAGAAAAAUGAGCAGGGAAAGUAAGGAGGAAAGGAGGAAGAAGAUGAAGUUUGAGAGAAGACCUAGACCUGGGUUUGCAGAGGUAAGAGAAAAGGAAAGGUAAAGGAGAGAGAAAAUGAAAGAAGAAGAAGAAAUUUGACGUGGGUGAAAAAAAAAAAUUGUUAUUUUUAAAUUAAAUGAAAAUGCCAACUUAUAAAAAAAAUGCCAACUAUGGUGUUUUUUUUCCAUGUCAUUAGCUAAGAAGAAAAAAGAAUUGAUUUG